CCAUGGACGCGCUGGAGCGCGUGGUAAAGCCUAAGACGAAGAGAGCAAAAAGGUUUCUUGAGAAGAGAGAACCCAAACUCACAGAAAAUACGAAAAAUGCUAUGCUUAUAAAAGGAGGAAAUGCAAAUUUAACAGUGACUGAUGUGCUUAAAGACAUCUAUGCUGUGAAGAAACCUUUUGCCGUGUUGUUUAAGAAGAAAAAUAUUACCAGACCUUUUGAGGAUCAAACAUCUUUGGAAUUUUUUUCAAAGAAAUCGGAUUGUUCCUUGUUUCUGUUUGGCUCUCAUAACAAGAAGCGACCUAACAAUUUGAUAAUAGGUCGCAUGUUUGAUUACCAGGUGUUGGAUAUGAUUGAGCUGGGCAUUGAGAAGUUUGUAUCCCUAAAAGACAUCAAGAACAGUAAAUGUCCUGARGGAACAAAACCUAUGUUGAUAUUUGCUGGUGACCUGUUUGAUUUAAAUGAAGAAUACAGAAGACUGAAGAGCCUUCUUAUUGAUUUCUUCAGAGGUCCUACUGUGUCCAAUAUUCGUCUGGCUGGUUUGGAACAUGUUCUGCAUUUCACAGCUGUAGAUGGCAAAAUUUACAUGCGGAGCUAUAAAGUACUUCUGAAGAAAUCUGGCUGUAAAAUACCAAGGAUUGAACUGGAAGAUAUGGGCCCUUCAUUAGAUUUGGUCAUGAGGAGAACACAUUUAGCUUCAGAUGACCUUUAUAAGUUGUCUUUGAAACAACCCAAAGCCCUGAAGCCCAAGAAGAAAAAGAAUAUCUCCCGGGAUGCCUUUGGUACAACUUAUGGCCGAAUCCACAUGCAGAAGCAGGAUCUUAGUAAACUACAGACGAGGAAAAUGAAAGGGUUAAAAAAACGGGCAGCGGAGAAGUCAGUUGAGGAAGAUGGUGCAGUUAGUCCCAAGAAAACAAAAUCAGCCUGAUGAUCUGGACCAGUUUUGAAAGCUCUUCUUGCCUUCAAGUUUAGUCUGUUUGCUAUAAUAUACAUGCGUCAGACAUGGAAGAUUCAGCUGCAAUUAGCUUUAGUUUUAUAUUAAAAAAGUCUUUUUAAUACCUUUGAAAGUGAAUAUAGUAAUAUUAAGCUUUAAAAUAGAAGUUGGUUAUUAAAAGAAGGAACAUGAUAAAACUCGCUCAGUUUUCCGAAGCUGAAUGUUCUGUUGAUAUUAGCAAACACAAUGAGCAGGUGACUCAUUUCCCAAAAAGCUUUAUGGCUUUUAUGUUGGGCACACUCAAUCAAUAAACUCAUCUGAAAAAUUCUGCCCAGGACCAGGUAGUAUAUAUAUAUAUACAUAAUUUAAACAGUAUGACUCGGGGUUCAUUUAUUGUUUAUGUAUCUCAGUUUUUGCACAACUGCAGUAUUGAAAUAUUCAAUAAACUAUAAUACGUUUUCUUAAGUGUGAACUCUUAAAAGAUAGGCCAGACUGUUUUAACUGUUACACCAAGCCUUACUUUACACUGGCAGAAUCAGGAGUGAUUAAGGUGUUUUUACUACGCUCAUCACUAUGGUAGCAAAGUACCUAAUGUUUGCUUUGGGCAUAGAUGAAACCUUUAUGGUUUGAAUUUCAAUCUUUAAUGCUUGGUUUGUGCCUAGAAUGCAAAGAGGAAAGGUAACUUAGUCUUUUUAUUAAUCUAAGUAUACCAGACUCCUUUUUUGCCUUCUUAACUGAAUUUGAAAUCUGUUUUCCUCCUAAGUUUAUGCCCAAGAGUCAAUGUGAUUGAUUUAGUGAAGAGUGAGUUAAAGACUCAGCUAAGGGGAAGAGUUGCAGAGUUCAGUGYGUUCUUCUAAAUUUUGGAACAUAAAAGAUACCUUUUUUUUGCUUGUCACUUUGGAAGCUGUUACUUUWUGUUUGCAGCAUAGUUAAAAUGAACAUGUAUAUCUUGAACACAACUUGCACAUUUUAAAUCCUUCAUCUUUUUACUUGUUUCCUGCAUCCCAGGAGGGGAGCUGCUGGGCAGGUUUGCUCUCCUUAUGAGAGGGCUGAGUUGUAAUUGUGGCUGCAUAAGUGCCACAU